UGGCCAAGACCACAAUGUGUUCUUGUCUUUUCUGUAAUUUUUUAUAUAAAACGUUGGCUUUCAGCGUAUGGAAAUGCGUACUCUAAAUUCGAUCUAUAAUAAUUGUCAUUAUAAAGGGCCUUCUUCAAAGUUGUCGCUUGACCAGACAUGUUUUAAAAAAGGCCUGACUCAGCAUACUUUCCUGGCUCACGUCUAGCGUUGCUCAGUAAUGAAGAGAUUGUGAUGACGUUGUUUAACAGAGAUGACGUUAACGAGAACGUCGAUCAAAAGACACAAUGAUGACAAAAGUAGUGAAGAAAGUGAAAAAGAAAAAGAAAAAGAUAAAGGCGGCGCGUAAUGCCAAGCACCAUGACUGCAAGAACGGAAACGAAAUGAAAAACACAAUUGAAAAUGUAUUCCUUUUUAAAGGCAAGUGCGGCUUGCCUCUUCAGCAUAAGCGUGCUUUCUAAGAAGCGGAACUGAACCAGCGUAAAAAAGGGGGAGGGGGCGCGAGACGGAACGCGCUAUAGCGUUAGUCAAGGCACUCUUAUCUCGGGGAGUACGGUAAAGCGCCAAUCAUAAGCGACGGGACUGUGAACUGCAUCCCGUCGAACGCAUCGCGCCCAGUGGCGGCAUUAUUUCGCUCGUUCGGCCUCUACUCACACACACACGCGCGCAUACACACACUCACACACGUCUCUCUCUCUCUCUCUCUCUAUCCGCUCACGCGAGUAGCAGGCAGGCCGUAGACUUGGGCUAUCUGCAACUUGGAUUGUGUUUUUUCAGCACGAGUGUGUGUGUGCACAACUUUACGAAGGAUAAUGGUUAUCAUGAUUCUUUUGGCCAGUUUUCGUCCUUUGGUGCUUCAUGUUUGAGACUUCUUCGAUUGGAUUUACCCGCAAACUUCAGACAAGUCCGCAGCGCCCGAAGAUCGAUUGGCAGAGGAAUCCGAAAAAUGUAACAGAAAUGUGGCUUCGAAUAGACAGCCAUAACUUUUAAAUGCAAGUCCUUCCGUGUUCGUUCAAGAGGAGAAGAACAUUCACCAGUUAUUGACAAUGAAGGUGUCGUCAUCGUCUCAAACUGUUCACACUUUCGUCGGAAGGAAAGAAAGUUAGGCAUGUUGACCGUUUUACAAGUUUCAGUAAUAUGGCGCCCCUAAUGAUGAGUGAAUAUUCUGUGGUAUAAGUAUUGUGACGGAUUUUUCGAAGAGAUAACUCUGUCUUCUAGUUUGCUAUCGUUUUUCUCUUCUGAAGCCUAUUGGAGAAAAAAACGGAUUACUACUGGUGGUUGAAGAAACCGUAACUGAACUGAAAGACAAAUCUGUGUCAGGUGCUCAUUUUGAGUCUGUGAGUGCUUCCUUGGCGGUUUUUUAACGAGAUGUGAUCGUCGUGGGUCGGUUUCCUGGAGCUACUGCAGAAGGACCACCAAUAAAUGCCGAAAGGUUGGAAAACUUUCUGAACGCCUGUCACCGUUGUUGAAUGCUGGACACGGCUUUUGCACCCACGUGUGGAGACUCCCCCACCCACCAGAGCAGCCCGUGCGUCGCCGUGGCAGCGUGAAGUCAGGACCGGGAGUCGGGAUCUCCUCCUGCCGCUGGUACAAUGAAAAGAGCGAGGAGGGGGAAGACGUACGUAGAGCUUUGCGUGUUUGCGGGCUGUUGCCUCCUCGUCUUCGUCUCCGUCGCGCAGAUCCUCGUGUUCAGCCACCGAACCCGGAGCUCCACCGGCCCAGCGGGGAUGGUCAGCAGCCUCGCCUCGGCAACCAGCGCCGACGGCAAAACUAGCACCAGCAAUGUCAACAAAAACAAUAAUAACAACGCCAACAACAACAAUAAGAACAGCAACAACAACGCCAACAACAAUAACAACAACAAUGCCAACACGAACAAAGAACUACCUCGGCGCAUGCACCUGGUGUCCGGCAUGCAGGCCAGGAUCCGCGCGCGCACCAAAGUGCAGCAGGAGGUGCGGGAGCUGGAGCGCUCCCUGGCCAAGCUCAUGCGGGAGAACUCCAUCACCCCGGACGAGGCCAACGCGCAGUUCCGCAGCGAGCUGUACGCCCGCCGGGUGGGCGGCAUCAUCCAGAUGGCUCAGGAGAACGGGGUUUUCCCGCACAAGGUCAACGGCUCGCGUCUCCGGCACAGGGGGAAGAGUCUCCGGCCGUCUUCCCCCUCGGCCGGGUCCAUGAGAACGGACAACGCCUCCGGGGAUCCGGAGAGUGACGGCGGGGACGCCUAUAGUCUGUUCGGGGACAGCCCGGCGGGUGUUGCUGGAGGUGGAAACGAGAAUGAAGUGCCUUCUUACAACGCCAAUGUCGGCGGCGGUAAUGGUGGCGGAAACAAGACGCUGGUCGCGGGGACAGAGCUGGGCCAGCAGCGCGCCAGCAAAGAACAGAAUGACGUAAUCAAAAAGCGCAAAUCUCGACCGGCUCCGUACCGUUUCCGAGACCUGGACGAGUCGGAGGAGUACGAGCUGAAGGCCGUUGUAAGCAACGCCAGCGCCGCCAAAAUGGAGGACUUCUACCGGGAGGAGAACGAGAGGAUGCAGGCGGCCAAGAGGGCCCAGGCCGAAGGAACGGAGCUCUUUGUGGACGAGGAGGCUCUCAGGAAGGAGAGUGGCACAGACCUCAGGGUCUGCCCGAGGGUGCCCGAAUCUUUAGGUAAGCUUGGCUAGACAGAGCUGCCCGAGCCUCAUCUACCCGUGAGUGGUUGGUUCGCAAGCGGGUGCUCUGGUGUGAUUUGCUCCUUCUUUCCUAUUAAACAUCUGUCGUCUUUACCACUCAUUCUUUUCUCUUUGUGUGACACUCUGUAGCGUCACCACAUUUAGUGUUCGGCACUUGCAUGGCACAUUAAAAGUUUGU